AUGUCAACAGCAUCAAAAGUAACACUAGGAGCAUCAAUCUUAUUUGCAACAGGAGCAUUUAUAUUUAUAAAUUAUUCACAACAAACAGAAAGAGCAGCAUUAAGACAAGGUCCAAUAAAAGAUGCAGCAAGACAAUUAGCUAAAAAACAAGAACAACAAGAAAAAUCAGCAAAACAAAAAGCUAAUGAAUUGGAACAAUUACAACAAAAUGAAUUAAAAGCUAAAUAUUUGAAAGUUCAACCAUUAAAUGAUGAAAUUAUUCGUGGUGUGGAUGAUGAGAAAUGA